ACAGCUCAUUUUUGGAACUUGGAAGCUUCACCAAAUAAGGCAAAAGGAGCAAACCAACUUCAUAUAUGCAAGUGUGCAUGUAUAUCAUAUAUAUUCCCAAUCUAUCAUCUCCCCCAUAUACAUAUUAGUUCUCAUCAUGUAAUGGAGAAGUUAAGAAUGAUGUUUUGUAUUACCCUACUCUUUGCUUACUGUUAUCAAUUAUUUGUCGUCGUCGUCUUGUCGCUAGACGAACCUUCUCUGGCACCGGCACUGUAUGUAAUGGGGGAUUCGUUGCUCGACAGCGGGAACAAUAAUCUCUUGCCGACGUUUGCCAGAGCAAACUUCUUGCCCUACGGCACAAAUUUUGCGACGGGAGCCACCGGAAGGUUCACGAAUGGAAGAACCGCAGCCGACUUCAUUGCCGAGUUUCUCGGUUUGCCGUUUCCUCCUCCCUACUUGAGUCGUUGGCUAGGAGGAUCGACACCGGUCACAGGGAUGAAUUAUGCAUCUGGGUCAUGUGGUAUUUUGCGCGAAACCGGGAGUGAUCUCGGGAAGUGUCUGAGUAUAGCAGAGCAAGUAAACAUGUUCAACCAAACAGUGGAGAUGGAACUGUCAAGGCACUACAAGAGCUCAGAAGAGCUUUCAGAUUACCUGUCAAAAUCCAUUUUUCUCAUUGCUAUAGGCAACAAUGACUACAUCAACAAUUACCUCCUUCCCAGUGUCUACAACACCAGUAGAACUCACUCACCUGCUUCCUUUGCUGAACUUCUCGUCAAUGCACUCAUCGUUCAAAUCCAGAGGUUAUAUGAAAUAGGAGCUAGAAAAAUUGUGGUAUUUGAGAUAGGGCCAAUCGGUUGCCUUCCAUUCUUUAAGCACAGAAACGAGACAUGUGUUGAGGAGUACAACCAGCUUGUUGUUCUGUUCAAUCAGCAGCUCGGAGACGCGCUGAGAAACUUGAGCACAGCCCUAAGGGAGUCCCAAUUUGUACUCGGCCAUGGUUACUCUCUUGGCUAUGACACCUUCAAAUCCCCAUCUACAUAUGGUUUGACAGAUCCAAACAACCCUUGCUGUGUUACAUGGAGGGAGGGGACUUCAGUAUGCAUACCAGAAAUGAAACCAUGUGUUGAUGCGGACAAACACUAUUUCUGGGAUGGGUAUCAUGCUACUGAAGCUUUCUAUAGGACUGUUGCGACCCUGUGUGUCAAUGGUACCUCUGUUUGCCUUCCAAAGAACAUAAAAGACCUUGUUCGUGCUUGAAAUCACUCUCCUGUAAUCUGUUUUUGGGCAAAAGGCCAAAAGCUCUUGUAUGUAGUGUGUGUACACAUAUUGGUCAACUCAUGGGAUCUGUUUCCCUCCCAGAAGAUCUCCCUCAUUCAUCUCUCACUUCCUCUUGGAUGAGUUGUAGAGAUCUACUGGGAUGGAAAUGGGAGAGAGAAAGUAACAGGAAAAGGUGCAUAAAGAAUGCAUGAUAGU